AUGGAUCAAGAAAUACAGCGCUUCGUGCAGGCCGUCCUCAUCGCAUGGGAGCAGCCGUCCUCGGGGCUGCAGCACCAGGCUCUAGACUACCUCUCCAACUUUCAGGCAAACUCGAACGAGACGUGGAGGAUCGCGCUGCAGGUCUUCGUGGAGGGUGGGCCGGAGGGUCGUGUGCACCCGGCCCAGGCGCGUUUCUAUGCGCUCAGGAUGCUGGAUGGUUAUUUCGAUGAUAGGUUCGAACCACUAGACGAAGAUUCUUUCUGCACCUUACAGCAAGCUUUUGUAUCAUACAUUCAAUCAGAAUACGUUCAAGGAUCUGCAGAAUCUAAUGCCACUUUCCUACGCAACAAAUUCUCGCAUACACUCACCCUCUUCUUCCUCUGCGCAUACAUCGAUCAAUGGCCAACCUUCUUCUCCGACCUCUUCACGCUCAUCUCCGCCGCCGCCGCCUCGCAGUCCUCGCAAUCACAAUCGCAGUUCAACCGCCACGUCUCCCUCCUGCUCUUCCACCUCAUCCUCGAGAUCUCGGGCGAGGUCGCCGACCAGACGAUGAAGUCCGCCCGCGCGUUCACCCAGGCGCGGCACACCCGCGACGCGCGUGUCCGGGACGCCGUGCGCGAGCGCGACGCACCGAGGAUCAACGAGGCGGUGCUCACGAUUAUCGCGGACAGCACGGAGCGGCUGUGCGUGCUCAGGCAGGCGGGUGGGGACACAGGGAAGGAGGUGGGCCAGGCGGAGGAGCUGGUGGAUUGGGGUGUGCGGACGUAUGGGUCGUAUGUUGGAUGGAUCGACAUCAACCUUACCGUGACGCCAACAAGUGUCCCGCUGCUGUUCUCGCUCCUGUCGGAUCCGUCGUUACCCAUACGCCUCGCCACCUCCGUCAGCCUGCUCCGCGUGGUCUCCAAGGGGCUCAAAGAGCCCGAGGACAAGCUGCAGCUUAUCAAGGUGCUCUCGCUGGGGCAGGUCAUCGACGCGCUGGAGUCCAAGACGCGGGAACAGCAGGCCGAGCGCGGCGCGGACACGGACGAAGGCGAGGAGUCGUAUCGCGAGGCGUUGGGGCGGCUGCUCAACGCGCUUGGGCUAGAGCUGCACAAGCUGACGGACGACAAUCCGAAGCCGGAGGUGGCCGCGGAGGCGACGCAGCUGCUCUCGCAGAUUCAUCCUGUGCUUCUGCGGUUUAUGGCGGACGAGUACGAUGAUACGUGCUCUACUGUGUUUCCGUUGCUUCAGACGAUACUCGCUGGUUACAAGAAGCAACAAAAAGUCUCAUCAGAACCUAUAGACGAAUCAAAACGGUCGUUCCUGUCCGCGCUGCUGCAGGUCAUCCUGCAGAAGAUGAAGUGGGACGGCGAGGAAGACCCGGCCGAUUUGGACGAGGAUGACAUUGGUGCCUUCGAGACGCUCCGAAAGGAUCUCCGUACAUUCUUGGACUCCAUCCUUACUCUGGAUCAGGCGCUUGUUACGGGAGCGGUAAAGUCACUAGCUUUGAACAUUCUUGGAGAGUAUCAGGCUGGUAUCGCCCAACCCUGGAAUCAGCUCGAGCUUGGUGUAUAUCUCGUGUAUAUCUUCAACGAAAUUAACAAAAGCGGCGCGAAAGGCCGUGCCGCAUACUGCCAGGGCCUGAAUGUGCCGAAGGAGCAGCGCAAAGACGUCGACUACUCGAGCUUCCCGUUAACAGAUCAUGGCGAGAUGAUGCUCGCGCUGAUCCAGUCCAACAUCUCGGCGUACCCGCACCGAACGGUCGCGAUGCAGUUCUUCGAGACUGUCGCGCGAUACAGCGAUUUCUUCAAGGUGCGGAAAGCGGGCGUGCACAGCUCGGAUCGAACUGUGCGCUCGCGGGUGUACUACCUCCUGCACCGCUUCAUCCGGGAGGUCAGGAACGAUAUCUCGCCCGACGUCGCCGUCAACCUCGUCGACGGGAUCCGCGAUCUGCUCGCGAUCGAGGUCGAGCUCCCCGCGGACACGCCCGAAGAGGAGAUGCUCGCGGAGGCGAUCAAGAGCCCCGGGCUGUUCGACUCGCAGCUGUACCUCUUCGAGGCCGUCGGCACGCUGCUGUCGCUCCUUGGCAAGUCGCCCGAGCAGCAGGCGAGCAUGCUGCUGGGGAUCGUGACGCCGCUGCUCGAGACGUUGUCUGUGAAUCUGCAGGCCGCCAAGGCGGCUGCGCAGCGGGCGCAGGGGCAGCAGGUGCAGGGGGCGGAUAUUGUGCCGGUGUUGAAGGUGCAUCAUACGAUUAUGGCGCUGGGGAAUAUUGCGAAGGGCUUUCCUGAUUAUCCGAACCCUGUGCCGGAGGGGUAUGCGCUCCCGCCGCUGGAUGUGUUCAGGGAGGUUGCGCAGGCGAUUUUGGUGUCGCUGGAGGCGUUGAAUGUGUACAAGGCUGUUCGGGAUGCUACUAGAUAUGCGUUUGCGCGGAUCAUUGCUACGACGGGGUCGAACGUCAUUCACUUGAUACCGCCACUAAUGGCGAAUCUCCUCGCGCACUUUGAGCCGUCGGAGCUGGUUGACUUUAUGAACUUCAUCGGGCUGCUUAUACAUAGGCUGCAGAAAGAGCUGUUUGACGUGUUGGACCAGCUCAUCGGGCCGUUAACAUCGCAUAUUUCACAGAUGCUGACGCAGCCCGUUACGGGUACGGACGAUGCGCUGUCCCUGGCCGAUACGAAGCGGGCAUACCUUGGGCUGCUCACAAGCAUUGUUUCUUCUGAUUUGCAUGAUAUCUUUAUCUCGGAACGAAACAAGAACUCACUACAGCCACUGUUGGAGACGAUGCGCAAUCUGGCCGAAGACAUGUCGGAACCCAGCAGCCAGAAGUCGUCGUUCUCCUUCUUUGGCCGGUGCGUGCACGUGUGGUGCCGGUCCGCUAGCUCGACAGCAGAGGCGAAUGGUCACACGAGUCUGCCCGGGUUUGAGCAGUUCGUGUACGAGUCGCUGAUCCCGACGGCGUUUGGUGUCUUAUCGGCGCCACAGCUGAACGUCAAGGAUGGGCAAACUGUUACCCUCCUGCACGAGAUCGCCAACUUCCUGCAAACAGUGUGCAAAACGCGGGACGCAGAGGCUUACGAUUUCCUUGCGAACCGGUAUCUUCCGUCGCAGGGCUGGCCGGCGGACAUGGCGAUGGAGUUUACGACCAAGAUACGGGAUCUGGACAACAAGGCGUGGCGCAAGUGGUUCACGGACUUUAUCCGGUCGUCGCGCUCGCAAGGGGCUUCGUGA